AUGGCCGAAGACGACUCGCACAUCGCUCUGAACCCGAGCGCAGCCCUCAGCUCCUCGGCCUCCCACUUCUACCCGUUCGCAACAUCCCCGGAUGUCAUCCGCUCCCACGAGAAGGAUGCAUUCCUCACAAGCAGCCUAGUCCAUCAAUCCCAAGGCAUUGUCCGAGCCCUACGCGGCGCUCGUUUCGCACACACCUACUCCGACACAAUCAAGCACCUCACCGAGCUCCUCUACUUCUCCCUAACAACCGCCAUCGGCAACCGAACCCUUGGCGAGGAAUACUGUGAUCUGGUCCAGCUAGAGGAUGACACGCUCCAAUUACCAUCUAUCGGAAGACGCGUGGGAUAUAUCCUCAGCAGCAUCCUAGUACCCUGGACACUGCAGCGGAUCUUACCCGCUCUGCGACAGAAGAUUCGCAACAAGCUCGAGCGCAAUGUUGCUCGGGCACAGCUCCGGGCCGCGCAGCAGGCUGGCCUGCUGAAUAAACCUACCUUCUCAACUACACCCACCCCAAAGCCGUUUUUCACCAAGUUGCGUAUGCAGCAGUACCUUCUUGAACAUCUCGACUCCAUCACAUCUGUGUCACCUAUUUACGCAUUGAGUAUUGCGACUUUCUACUUUACGGGCUCGUAUUAUCACCUCUCGAAACGGCUCUGGAGGUUGCGCUAUGUGUUCACAAAAAAGAUCGAUGAGAACGAGCAGCGCAUCGGGUAUGAAGUCCUGGGUGUCCUGCUUGUCCUUCAGAUCGCAGUGCAGGGAUUCUUGCAUGCUCGCAAGCUGGGUGCUAGUGUGGCUGGAGAGGAUGGUGCAUCCGCAGAGGGUGAAGAGUCUCGCCCAGAGGGCGGGGCGCUUAUCUCUUCCAUCCAGAACCCAUCGGCUAUCCCUCUUCUUCCUGCCUCUGUGCCCCUAUAUGAUUUGGAUGAAGAUCCUAGUGCUAUCUCGUGGAUUCCAGAGGGCCAGCAGCGGAAGUGUACUUUGUGUCUGGAACAGUUCAAGGACCCUAGUGUGACGACCUGUGGACACGUCUUUUGCUGGAUUUGUGUCCGUGACUGGGUUCGUGAGAAACCCGAGUGUCCACUCUGUCGACAGGAGGUUUUGCUGUCCAAGGUUCUCCCUCUGAGAGGGUAA